AUGACCACGCCCUCGAAACCAGAUACUGAGCUGCUGACGGAGCACUUCGGCUACCCUCCAGUCAGUUUGCUCGACGACAUCAUUAACAGCAUCAACAUCCUUGCUGAGCGGGCACUGAACAGUGUCGAGCAAGGACUCCUCAAUGCACCCGUCGAGCACAUAGGAUUCAAGGCCAAGUCGUCCAAAUCCAAACAAAAUGCCAAAACAGCCAGCUCACAGCCGAGCAUGGAGGAGGCGGCGCGGCAUGAGAUCGAGAAUGGCACUCACCAGCUCGAAACGCUGCUAUGCGCCAGCAUCGACCGCAACUUCGACAAGUUCGAGCUCUAUGUGAUGCGCAACAUCCUGUGCGUGAAGCCGGAAGACCGCGAUUGGAUCCGCCUGGGUCACUACGAAGGCCUAAACUUUGAUAACCUCAAAAGCCCUGACAAUCCCAGCGUGGACUCCGUGACACGCUUGCGUCGGAGGCUGCAGGCGUCGCAGAAGCUCAAUUGCAUGUUGCAUGCCGAGAAGGCUCGUAAUGAGGCACUCCUCGGGGAGCUAAGGGGCUUGGUUGGAGGCAAGGUGAAGGCGGGCGAGAGGAGCUCCUUGUCAGGACCCUUGGUCAAAGAAGAUCCGGACACUACAGAGUCGACUCACACAUUUGGUUUCUUGCAAAAGAAGGGAGACCUGGCGGACGGCGAUGCCGAGACACCUUUCACAACAACUACUGCAUUUACUCUAUCACAGCUGCAGGCGCUCAGGGCGCUGUCGACGUCACUACGCAAUAUGAUGCCAGAUCUGAAAGGAGGCGCGACAGAUGCAGAGACAGUCGACGAUGGCAAGAAGGGCUGGAGGAGGGAGCGAUUGGAGUACGUAGAGGGUGCGACUCGCAAGCACCUAGAGAACGUGCGUGGUCUCGAAUUGGGAGAGAAUGGAGAGGUUCGGGACGGCGAAUGGCAAGGCGAAGGCCGUAAACUUGCCAAAGGGGAAGUUGAAGGCCUAGAGAAGGUUGUCGCUCUCUUGGGCAAGUCGGGCUCAAAGGGCGACGAGAUGGAUGAAACCGAAUGA